GGGAGACGCAUGUGAAGGCCGCCGCGGGGGUGAACGAGCAGGUGUCAGUGUGGUGCCUGCUUGGUAAAAGCGUGAUGGUGCCGUGAUGGUGAGCGGCAGGUGGUGCGCGACCUCGCCUGCCCCCUGCUGCUGCCGCCUACUGCACGGCGCCGCCCCUCCCGGCCUCUGACGAUGCGGUCAACUCCGCGGGCGGGCGGGGGCGGCGGCGCGCUGUCCUCGUCUACGUCCUCAAGCAGAAUUAUCUGCGGAUCCAAGUGACUAGGGUUGGGGACGUCCCGACGGGGGGGGCGCGGCCCCCCAAUCGCCGGGGGACGCGCCUCUGGCCGGUAUGUGCGGGGUUGUCUACGCGUGGUGCAGGUGAGCGCGCGCUACCUCAUCUCCGCCAGUCGCGCACCUUCCACCAUGAUGAGGUCCAAAAAGAAAGAAGGCAACCUGAAGCCUUCCCGCAAGCUGGAUAAGCGGUCUAGCCGCGGUGUUAUGUUCGAAAAUGAAGAGCUGCGUAUGCGCACUAUAGAGAUCAACGCCGAGGUUGACCGCGGCCAGUCAGAUCUACGCAAGCUCAAGAAAGAAAACGAAACUUUGAAGCAGCAAGUGUGGACGCUCCGUGACGAGUACGAUAAACUCGAAAACUUUGUUAAAACUAUGGAUGAGGACAGUGACGACGACGAUGACGAGGACGACGAGGAUGAGGAGGACGAGUUGGAGCAGAGGUUCUGUGGGCCCAAAAUUAAUGAGGAGGAGGGGGAAGACGAAGACGAUGAGGAGGGUAACGUAGAAACAGAUAACUUAGAAAAUUUACAAAAAGUGUAUAGUGGUAAAAUGCGGAGUGUAGAGUAUACAAUGCGUCAGGCGUCCACUAUAGACAGUGGGCUGGCAGGGGGCUGCAGCCAGGCCCAGUGUGCGGGCGGGCCUGGUGCUGCCGCGUGUCCCGGCCCAGUAGACAGCCUGGCCCAGUCGGGGUCGGUGCGGGUGUGCGUGCCUGACGACACACCUGCCUUUGUCGAUGUUGGGGAGGGGGGGACGUCACCCCCAGACCCCCUACAACCCAUAACUUCUGAAACUUACUUAUCUCAGACUGACCACUUUAAUCUCGAUCAAUUACUUGACUUUGCUUCAUCGUUUCACUACGACCGACGGAAGCACCUCACUCAGGAGCCCCUAGCGAUGGCACUGCCACCCGAGGAGGAGCGGCCGUCGUCCCCCUCCAGGGACAAGGUCGUUCCUGACCCCAGCUACUCCACAGUCCGGCGCCGCUCCGCCACCGUCAUCGAGAAGCUGAAGAGCGGCAGUAACACCGGCGCCCUGGUGAAGGAGGUGAAGCAGCUGUCACUGUGUAAGGACGGUGCCACCACCACCACCACCGCGGUGCCUGUAAACGAGUCUCCUGAGGUGACACACACCACCACGGUCAACUACACGCGCUCUUCCUACUUCUUCUCGGGCCCGCUGGACGGCAACAGGAGCCAGUCUCUUGGUACUGGCCUCAAUUCUGCCGCCAAUAUCACCCGGACCCCCAGCAGCCCUGCCGGUCCCCUCUACUCCUCCAGUAGUGCUUCCAAUAUCGGCACGUCAUCGUCACUCGAGGCGGGGCUGCCUCUCGUCUCCGUCUACAACCCGAGGGCUUCCCUGGUGCGUCUCAACAGCAUAGAACCAAACACUAUUAUGGUUUCGGUAGCCGAAAUGCCUCAGUUGUGGGACAUUACUACGCAAGAAAUAAUAGACGAGCUUGAACAGCAAACAGAGGGGACUUUGCUUUCCAUCCGCGGCGUGCGUGUUGUGGGUCGCGCGGCAUACAUCAGCCUGGGUCGUCGCGACGCCUUGCAGCAACUGCUGAACCAUGGCCUCACCGUCCGGGGCGGCAAGGUGCCACUCAUUGACAUCACGCGAGAGUCCAUCGUUCUGGCCCUCACCGGCGUCCCUCACUACAUAGCCGACGCCACUCUCGUCAUCCUCCUCUCCGCCUUCGGCACAAUUAUUGGUGAGCUCGAGCGCCGAUUUUACAAAGGUGUGGACACAGGCGAGCGGUUCGUGCGGAUGAAGCUAAAGAAGCACGUGAAGCUCCCCAAGUAUGUGACUGUAGGAGGGUGUCGCAUAGUGCUGACGGUCCACGGCCGCGACGCCCCCGCACAGCUGCAAGUGCCUGAGUGGAGCACCAAGGGCCCCCCUACGCCAGCACCGCCACCAACACCUCACACCACUCACGCCCCACAGGUGACCGAACCCUCUCACGCAGAUCUCACCACCCCGGUCUCUCCGGACUCUGGCCAGUGUUCUGAACCAUCUUCCAGUGAUAAAUCCUGUGAGCGCAUAGAGGGGAGGGACGGGGCGGUAAGAACGGACACUACACAAAAUGAUGGUCGGAUAACCGCUAAAUCUUCAAAAACUUUUUCCAGCAGAUGUAUUGUUAAUCUGAAGUUGCCGGAGAGACCAACGGCGACGAGUGGGCUGCCUCGGGUACGUGAGAACAUCAACCCUCGGGACCCCGUGGGGCCUGGCCAGGGCGUGGUUGGUCUUGCUGUUAGCACUGGCACUCCAUCCACGCCCCUGGCCGCUGGACAUGUGCUGCGGGCGGGGUCGUUAUACCGGGGUGCUCGAGGCCCCGACACACCCACAGCCACAGGGAGUGCUGGGGGUGGGUCUCCGAUCAGUGGCAGGAGACAUUCUCGCCUCGGCGCCGUCGACGCCCGCACACCCGAGUCCCCUCGCCCACGACCUAACUCUGUAGUGUUCGACGAGCAGCCCCGAGAGGGUCCUGUGUCCUCCCGGGGGCUACUGACGCCACAGUACCCGCUGCACCACUCACACGUGGUCGCCACCUCCUCGGGCCCCAUGCCGUUAGCCAACGGCAUCCUGCGUAAGGCGUCGGGGUCGGAGCAGGAGGCGCUGCUCCCCGCCAGUCAGCGCUGCGCCGCCUCCAUCAGGAACAGACUCAAAAUCGGACGCAGUAUGUCGUACGACGCCGGCAAGCAGAAACUUGUCGCCGAGAAGGAAAAGAAAAAGUUAAAUAAGAUGGAGAGCAUUAGUGAGAACACUAUAAACGACGAUGUGAGUGACAUCACGCCCCUGGGCGCCGGGGCCCGCAGAGACUCCGAGAAGAGCUCCGUCAGUGCCAACAGCAAAAGCAGCACCAACACUAACAAAAAGAAGGAGCCGGUCAUUGACCUGCCGUGGUGUGGCUGUUGGGGCAACGGUUGUUUCUAGUGUGUAGUCGUUCACUGGUACCAGUUCCAUCCUUUAUAUUUAUCGUUAUUUUCUAGUCAAUAACUUCCCUUGCUCCCAACGUUACCUAGUCUUCAUCAAGUAGUGGAUUAGUCUUGGAGAGAGAGACCAGAAACACACGUCUUGGCUGAGUCGUUGUAUAUAUCAUGUUGUCUGAUUAAUGCCACAGUCUUACCAUGUUUUAAUUUUCCACCAUUUCAGUAAUCAAAAAACUCACUGCAACCAGUCAUUGUGUUGAUGAGUGUCCUGUAAUUUGAUAAAAAAUACAA